CAUCCAGACUAUGCGUGGCCCCUGCCCAGUGCUCUGUGUCCUAUCUGGAUCUACCUGGACGUCCUCUUCUCCACAGCGUCUAUUAUGCAUCUGUGUGCUAUAUCUCUGGAUCGAUAUGUGGCUAUAAGGAAUCCCAUUGAACACAGCCGCUUCAACUCUAGAACCAAGGCCAUGAUGAAGAUAGCAGCUGUAUGGACCAUAUCAAUAGGUGUGUCCAUGCCUAUCCCGGUGAUCGGCCUUCACAACAAAGACAAGGUGUUUGUCGACGGCAGCUGUGUUCUAAACGAGGAGCGCUUCAUGCUGGUUGGCUCCUUCGUGGCUUUCUUCAUCCCAUUGGUCAUCAUGGUUGUGUCCUACUGCCUCACCAUACAGGUCCUCCAGCGCCAGGAGACCGUCUUCCUCUACGAGAGGAAAACUUCCUCCCAGCAGCCACUGCAGCCUCAGGCCACUCCCUCAAACCACCAGUCCCCGCCUCCAAAUUUCCUAGUCCUGCCCAUAAACAUUGAGGCUCCUCCUCCUAGCAGACACGGAAGUCUGAGCUGCCUGAAAGGGGCGGAGCCUGACCGGCAGACCGGCCUCUUAAGCAGUUCUCCCUCGGAGAGCAUCAGUAUGAUUCCGAGUUCGGGGGUGGCGUCCCAGCUGAGCUCUCCGGCAGGGCGUGAUGCACGGGACAGUCACGGGAGGCGGGGGAUGAUGCAGGCGAUCAAGAAUGAGAGGCGGGCCUCCAAGGUGCUGGGGAUCGUGUUCUUCCUGUUUCUGAUCAUGUGGUGCCCCUUCUUCAUCACCAAUGUCACCUACGUCCUCUGUCAGGGUUCCUGCAACGAGCCUGUAUUGGCUGAGCUCCUCAACGUCUUUGUGUGGGUGGGAUACAUCUCCUCUGGGGUCAACCCAUUGGUCUAUACGUUGUUUAACAAGACAUACAGAAGGGCCUUUUCCAGCUAUAUACGUUGUCAGUAUAACACAGGGCCGAUGGCAGGGGUUAGUAGUAAAUCGCUAGCUGUUCCCACCAUUCAGUGUCCGUCUCAUGCGGUCACGCCCAUAUUUGGACAUCAUGGAGGGAAUGGGAAGAAGGGAAGUGUGGACCGGAAUAGCAACUGUCGGAAUGGUGGUGGAGGGAGCGGGGCCGACGGUAACGGGAUGAUCAGAGGGGUGGAGCCUGACGAUCCUACAGAUGACGGGAUGAGGAUGGAUAUGGAAUGCCCCGGGAUGAUGUCGGAAUUGGAACCCAGAAUGUCGGAGCUGAAGCUAUCUGUCGACAGCUUCUGCCACGCCCACUUGGAACGCACCAGCAGCGUCUGA